AUGAGUGUCGUCAGUGCGCCGGCAUCUGUUCGUAACAAAACACCAUCAGAACUGGACUUUGAGGCGACGCCUAAAACAGUCAAGCCAUCCCAGGACAUCAUUAGUUUGCAAGCGAAGCAGGCAGAGUUGAGCUCGUUAGUCAUCAAUCAGCAGAAGAUUAGCAACCUUCCAGUGAAAGAGCCACCAAUCUUCUCUGGAGAUUACUUUGAGUAUCCAGCCUUUGUCACCGCAUUCGACUCCAUUAUUUGUAGUAAUGUGCCAUCCAAUAAAGAUCGAUUGUACUUCCUAGAGAAGUAUACCACAGGCAAGGCUAACCAAGUAGUGAAAGGUUUCUUGGCCAUGAACUCUGAAAGAGCUUAUGAAAGGGCUCGAAAUAUGCUAGAUCAUCGCUUUGGUAAUCCCGUUCAUGUAGCUGAGGCCUACAAGACUAGCCUAAGAAGAUGGCCGAAGAUUGAUGACGGAGAUAGCCGUAGCCUUCAGAAUUUUUCGGACUUUCUCGUACGAUGCGAAGAAGCAAUGAAAGCAAUGCAGUCAAUGGGGGACCUCGACUCAACAGAAAAUCUCCGCCUAGUAAGCAGUAAGCUUCCUUCGUAUGCUGCUGUAAAAUGGUGUCGGCAUGCCCACGAGACACAAACAAAGUAUAAGAAGAUAGUUAAAUUUGGCGCCCUCGUUAAUUUCGUCAGAGAAGAAGCAGAGCUUGCAAAUGACCCCGUCUCCUCGCCAGAUUCACUCAAGGCAGAACGGAAGAAGACUGGUACCCAGCCGAAGUGGGGAUGGAGGAACAAAUCGAAGAAGAAUGAUGAUAGCAGUUGGAGCUCCAAUUCUUUCGCGACAUCAAGCACUCCGCCUGUUUCGUCACCAAAGCAACAAGCAGAUCAAAGCGACCAGACGUGUCCUCUUUGCAUCGGCCGCCACGCCCUCGUCAAGUGUGUGGUAGCGCAUAGCUUAGCGGCAGGAUCCACAAACGUGAUCACUAACUGUCGCAUUAUCCAGGUCAUCUUGUUUCACAAGAACAAUCCAGAGAAAACAGCCAAGGUCUACGCACUAUUGGACGAUGCAAGUGACACUACCUUCGUGACCACCCAAGUGCAGCAUAAGCUGGGCAUCAAUGGUGUUCAAACUAGUUUGGAUUUAAGUACCAUGUUUGGCCGUCAAAGGAUAGCAGUUAAAAGAAUUGAUGGCUUGGUUGUUGAGCGUCUUGACAAACGCACCGAGGUUGAGUUACCCAAGACUUAUGCAAGGCAAACUAUUCCUUCUCGUCGAGAUCAAAUUCUAAGACCAGAGACCGUUACCAGCUGGCCACACCUUAAAAGGAUUGAAGGCAAAAUUCCACCGUAUGAUGACGAUGUAGCUAUUGGCUUGUUAAUCGCCUGCAACUGUCCCAGGGCGAUCAAACCAGUGGAAGUAAUACGUGGUAAAGGCGAAGAACCUUAUGCCGUUCAAACCUUGCUGGGCUGGAGUAUCGUGGGACCAGUCGCCGCCUCGGACACCUCCAAAGAUGGCCACGCCCUGGACUCUACUUGUCACCGUGUCAUGACGAGAGAGGUUAUUUCUGGACCAAGUGACAGCGCCAACCAAUUGAGUUUCGUUUUCCAUGGUAAAACAAAGGAGGUUAUCAACUCAUUAGCACUCAACCAAAUGUUCGAGCUCGAUUUCGUGGAAGACAAAACCAGAUCAAAGCAAAGUCUCUCCCAAGAAGACAGAAAAUUCAUUGAGAUAGCAGAGAAAGGAAUUAAACAUCUCAAAGAUGGUCAUUACGAGCUCCCACUGCCCUUGAAGAAUGCCACCAUUGAGCUUCCAAACAACAAGACAGCAGCACUUCGUAGACUUAGUCAGCUCAAAAGAAGGUUUGAGGAUCAGGGCGGCCAGAAAUACUCCGCAGACUAUAUGGAGUUUCUGAAGAAACUGAUAAAGAAUGGAUACGCAGAGAAGGUACCAAAGAUGUCACAGUCGGAGAAUACACCCCGUGUUCAAAUUAAGGAGAAGCGAAACGUUUGGUACAUCCCUCACCACGGAGUCUACCACCCAAAGAAGCCGAACAAGAUACGGGUAGUGUUCGACUGUGCGGCUGAAUUCGAAAGUGAGUAA